AUGGCAAAAGCGAUUCCACAACCGCCGAAAAAGUGGAUUAUUGGAAAUUUGAAAGAAUUGGACCCAGUUCAAACUCUGAACUCAUUAAAAAGAUUACACCAAUUGUAUGGUGAUAUCUAUCGAUUGACAAUUCUCGAUCAGAACAUCGUCAUCGUAUGUAAUCAAGAACUUACCAAUUUUUUAUGCGAUGAAACGAAAUUUGAUAAAAACGUUGAUCCAGUCCUCGAAGAAUUAAGAUUUCCAGCUGGUGAUGGCUUGUUCACUGCACAUACAUCCGAACCCAACUGGAAACUUGCACACAAAAUCUUGAUGCCUGCUUUCGGCCCACAAGCAAUUCGGGAUAUGUUUCCCGCAAUGAUGGACAUUUCUUCCCAAUUGAGUCUUGGAUGGGAAGNUUUUUUAGCCGAUUUCGAAAGUCAACUACGACAACAACAGAACAAAGAGAAUUGA